GUUUCCGGUCGUACUCGGAAGUACGACUCCCAGCCGUAGCUGGGACUCUCGGCAAUUGCCCCCGGUGUGGGUUUUCUUAAAACUGCUCGUCGCGGAGCCAGUCAGCAGCUAACAUGUCUAGCAGAAACAAUAACAAGCUGCCCAGCAACCUGCCGCAGUUACAGAAUCUGAUCAAGCGAGACCCGCCGGCUUACGUGGAGGAGUUUCUACAGCAGUAUAAUCACUACAAAUCCAAUGUGGAGAUUUUCAAAUUACAACCAAAUAAACCCAGCAAAGAACUGGCAGAGCUGGUGAUGUUUAUGGCACAGAACAUCCUUAAUAUGUGCAUAUGAAUUAUAGGAGAGAAAGAAAAACUUCAGAAGAGCCUUUGCUUUGUUACAGAUUGGUCACUGUUAUCCAGAACAUUUAAGUAACUUUCCUCAAGAGCUGAAAGAUCUUCUCUCCUACAACCACACUGUCUUGGAUCCAGAUCUCCGAAUGACAUUUUGCAAAGCUUUGAUCUUGCUGAGAAAUAAGAAUCUCAUCAAUCCAUCAAGUUUGCUAGAACUCUUCUUUGAACUUCUGCGUUGCCACGAUAAGCUUCUUCGAAAGACUUUAUAUACUCAUAUUGUGACUGAUAUCAAGAAUAUAAAUGCAAAACACAAGAACAAUAAAGUGAAUGUAGUAUUGCAGAAUUUCAUGUAUACCAUGUUAAGAGAUAGCAAUGCAACUGCAGCCAAGAUAUCUUUGGAUGUGAUGAUUGAACUCUACAGAAGAAACAUCUGGAAUGAUGCCAAAACUGUCAAUGUGAUCACCACAGCAUGUUUCUCUAAGGUCACCAAGAUAUUAGUUGCUGCUUUGACAUUCUUCCUUGGAAAAGAUGAAGAGGAGAAACAGGACAGUGACUCAGAAUCUGAGGAUGAAGGACCAACAGCAAGAGACCUGCUAGUGCAGUAUGCCACAGGGAAGAAAAGCUCCAAAAACAAGAAAAAGUUGGAAAAGGCUAUGAAAGUCCUCAAGAAACAAAAGAAGAAAAAAAAACCGGAGGUGUUUAACUUUUCAGCUAUUCACUUGAUUCAUGAUCCCCAAGAUUUUGCAGAAAAACUACUGAAGCAGCUAGAGAGCUCUAAGGAGAGGUUUGAAGUGAAGAUGAUGCUCAUGAACCUCAUCUCCAGAUUGGUGGGAAUUCACGAGCUUUUUCUCUUCAACUUCUACCCCUUUGUGCAGAGGUUUCUGCAGCCCCACCAAAGAGAAGUAACGAAGAUCCUUCUGUUUGCUGCACAGGCAUCUCAUCACUUAGUACCCCCAGAGAUCAUGCAGUCAUUGCUCAUGACUGUGGCCAACAAUUUUGUAACCGACAAGAACUCUGGAGAGGUCAUGACAGUAGGAAUCAAUGCUAUAAAAGAGAUAACAGCUCGAUGUCCUCUAGCCAUGACUGAAGAACUUCUCCAAGACCUGGCUCAGUAUAAAACACACAAAGAUAAGAAUGUGAUGAUGUCUGCUAGAACUUUGAUUCAGCUCUUCCGAACACUGAAUCCUCAGAUGUUACAAAAGAAAUUCCGGGGUAAGCCUACAGAGGCCUCCAUAGAAGCAAGAGUGCAAGAAUAUGGAGAACUAGAUGCUAAAGAUUACAUUCCAGGAGCAGAAGUUCUGGAAGUUGAAAAAGAAGAAAAAAAUGCUGAAGAUGAUGAAGAUGAGUGGGAAAACACGAGUCUCAGUGACGAGGCAGUUUCUGAUGGCGAAUGGGUUGACGUGCACCAUUCUUCCGAUGAAGAACAGAAAGAAAUCUCUGAGAAGCUGAACAGCAUGCCCUUGGAGGAGCGGAAAGCCAAAGCCGCGGCCGUCAGCACUAGCCGAGUGUUAAGUCAGGAAGACUUCCAGAAAAUCCGAAUGGCCCAAAUGAGGAAAGAACUCGACGCUGCCCCUGGGAAAGCCCAAAAGAGGAAAUACAUCGAAAUAGACAGUGAUGAGGAGCCCAGGGGUGAGUUACUUUCUCUUCGGGACAUUGAACGCCUUCAUAAAAAGCCAAAGUCUGACAAGGAGACAAGACUAGCAACUGCAAUGGCUGGAAAAACAGACCGAAAAGAAUUUGUGAGGAGAAAAACCAAAAUGAAUCCAUUUUCCAGUUCCACGAAUAAGGAGAAGAAAAAACAGAAGAACUUCAUGAUGAUGCGGUAUAGUCAUAACGUCCGGUCAAAAAAUAAGCGUUCCUUCCGAGAAAAGCAGCUGGCGUUACGAGAUGCUCUCUUGAAAAAGAGAAAAAGAAUGAAGUAACUUCCAAGCAAGUUUUCCAUUCCAGGGAGAAUGCUAAAUUCUUGUUAUUACUCUGAAAACUAGUACAUUUAGAAUGUUUACAUUAAAAAGUCCAAAAGCACUAUAUUGUGAAAACCACAGUAAACUUGGUAGCUUCUGGUGUUCUUAUUUUAGAGAUGGGUAGGGGUGGGAAUGUUUGAAAUGUAAACAGUAAUGGUGUUGUAAAAUCAUUUUCAUUUAGUGCUCAUGCAAAAAAUAUAUAUAGAGAGAGAGAGGAGAGAGAGAGAGAGAGAGAGUGCCUAUUAAUUGUCACUGAAGAUAUAAAAUUGAAUGAGCCACAACUCCUCACUCAAGGUAUUUAUAGCCUAUUUGUAGGAUGGGGCGAGGGGCAAGUAUGUAUCUGUGUAUUUACAGUGUUGUAUAAAUAGUUCUCUAGUAGAGAUAGGUUCAUGCUUCUAUGGGGUCACAGAGGCCUUAUGGACUAACUCUGCAGGGGAUGGGAGUUAUAUAUUCUCUUAAAACAGGACAAUGUUACAAGAGUAAGAGGAUCUUACUUGUAAAUAGGCUUACCUGCUGAAAACAGGUCCCUGCUGUACAGAUUUUGGGUAGACAAUAUAGCUUUUUUAGUCCAUCCAUCCAAAAGAUGUAAUUUUUUUUUUUAAUGCCAGAUACUGGCUUUUUGGUUAAAACCUUGCUUUUUACAUUGCCUUACGUAUAAAUAGUAAUCUUGGAGUGGCCUCAGUUCAUCAUUUGGGCUGCUCAUUCUUUCAUAGAGGAAAAAGAAAUUAGAUUGGUUUCCUCAGCCUUCCUUCACCCUGUAAUAUUUUCAUCCCACCGUUUGCCAUGUCUCACUCAAUAAAAGGUUUCUAAUGUCAAAUAGG